CUUUGAAAACGCUGUACUACUGAGUCUAAGUAAAACUAAGAUACGAGGAAAUUGUGCUAAUCGAUAAAUUUUAUAUGUUCCUCUGGAUUCGGGAUUUCUUCGAGCUGCUUGCACCAGAUUCCUAAAAUAUUGCAAUUGUGAGUGAAGAAGUGCACAAGGCAUGUGCAACAGUAGGAUUCCUUGUCCGCAGAAGGUCACAAGUUCGAGUCCGGGCCGAGCCAGGCAAUCAGCUAAAACCGUAGUUAAAUAAAAAGCGACGUUCCAUCGAUUCGUCCCAGGGUUAGUCACUGUUCUGUGCGUGAGGCCUCAGAAACAGUUCUGUGCAUACGGCUUUGCUUACAGAGCGCCGUAUGUAUUGGCACCCUCGGGCUCCACUAACAAAAGCACUCGGCGUCUGCGAUCGUCGGCACGCGGCAGGGCUGGAACAGGAUUCGAACUCUUGACCUCUGUAUCUUUAUUUAUUGCUCCUUUGACUCGGACGCCUGCGGAAAUAAAAUUCAGUUCUUGUGUAAUCUUGAGUGCAAAUGAAGCAUCGAGCGCGGUUCAUGGAGAUAUUAUGAAGAAUUCGAGUGCUGUGAGGGCGGGAUGAGCGUACAGAGUUCACAGCAAAGCUUUCCAGAUGCUUCGUCUCCAUCCAACCCUUGUUGCAGUGACUCUGGUGAAAAUUCUCCUGAAGGAAAAGAAAGCAAAUCGACUUGUCUCGUCAAAUCCUCCUCUGUACGCCAAUGUCUCGGGUUCGAAUCCGAGGCAGGGGUUUCUUCUUCCUCAGAUUACAAUCUGCUCUACGAGGCAAUCGAGGGCUUGCAGAGCAUGGAAUGCAGUAAGUCGAAGAAGAAGGGGUUUAAAAUGAAGCGGAAAAUGUGCCGAUCGGACUGCAACAAAAACGGCAUUGAAAAGCGCAGAGAAAAUGUCAGCGGAAGACGCCAGGCGUGUAACUGUGUAGCGAGCUUUGCUGCAGACUGCACGGCCGUCUGUUGCUGUCCUUGCGCGCUUCUGCAUAUCUUCAUUCUCGCCUUUGUCAAAGCCCCUUCUCUUUGUGCCAGAAAAGCUUUUCGUUUUGUGAAGAAAAAGUCUCGCAGUGAAAGAAAACUUGACCAGAAGAAGAAGACGAAUGAUGAUGACAGGGGGGACGAUGAUAGGGAAAAGUCUCGGUAUUACAGUCCUCCCUGGUCUUGCAGGGAGUCUCCAGAGAGGCGCAGCGCUUUGGACGGAUCGCUCAGUCCCAGAUUGGAUAACCAGAAGAUCUGGUCAGAGUUUUAUGCGGCCGGUCGCAUGGGAUUCGGGGGUUUCCCAGCUGAAUGGAACAAGGAACCCUAAUAGUCAACCUGAGAAAUUUGCUUCUUAUUUAUACAGUCAUGAAUUUAAUUCAAUAUUGCUUCUGUAGGUGCCUUUUGCCAGGGUUUUCUCACUCCGUAAUUCAUCACAAAUCCAUUAAUGUAAAGAACCUGUAUUUCAUUGCAAACCCGCACAUUAAAUGAAUUUUAGGAGAUUUACAGUUUCCUUUUCAGCGGCACAGAAAAUUCUUGUAUGUUUUGAUGAUAAUCUUGGUGAGAAUUGUGCCGAUGCUGAUUGCUGUGGCAUUUUGUUUGAUUAUUUUCAUCUUUCAAAAAUUAUCGCAAAAUACAGUCGAACAGUGAUAUAUUUAACAGUAAAGAUUUAGAGAGGUUUAUGGAUAUAAUAUUAAUAUUCAGUCCAGGAUUUGGUUUGAUAGAGAGUUUCUGUUGGCUAGCUUAUCGCCUUCAGCUUUAAUGUCUGCCGUAACACUGUAAUAUUUUGUAAACUUACUUGGAGUUUUCUUCUCUGCA